AUGAAUCGAUACUUGACCCCUGCCAAAAUCACCCUGUUGGCAUUAAGCCUCCUCUAUGCGGAAGAUCUAGUCCCAACCUCAGAAGCAAAGUCGGUGCUGGCCUUCAUCCUUGCACAGAUCCUGCCUACCGACAAAUCUUCUGACCAUGAUUUUGAGCCUGCUAUCCCCAUAGCGGUUUUUGAAUCUGCCUUGUCAGGUCACCCAUCAGCGAGACCUGGAAGGUCGCUAUACGAUCUUUUGCUAAGGAAAUUAUGGGCUGUUGAUUGCUCCGACGCGCUCGAUGCGUUUAUCACGAACCUACCACUACUCCUCACAAAACCCAGGGAGCAGAUUCUACGGGAGCGAGAGACAGGAGAAGUCUCGGAUCAAACCUAUGGACGGAUUCUUCGUACUUCACCACUGGGGGCCUUCAUUCGCCGUUGCAAUCUCGAGUAUAUGCGAUUGCAGUUCCAGGAUAGUAUUGCUUUAUGGCAAGACUUCAUAGCAUACCGGAUUCCGAGCCGACAAGCGUACGAAAAGAAGAAUCCUCCGGUGGGGAGGACCGCUAUUGAUACCAAUUUCGAAGAGCUUCAAAUCGAUGGCUCGCACCCGCUUGCUCAGAUCAUGUACGGACGACUUACAGGCAUUGCACAAGAUAACGACCCUGCAUACAGUGCCCACGACCUGGAGAAACUCAUGGAGUUCCAGGUCUCCGAGCUGCAACGAUAUGGGGGGCGUCUACCCGGUGAGAUGAAAGCCAGACUGGAUCAAAUGUCAAAGGCUGGUCAAGCCAUCCCUACACUUGGACAUUAUUUGGGUUUUCUCGACUCGUGGCGUGCGGGAGACUACUUCUCGGCAUUUGAUAAUCUUCAUCGAUAUUUUGACUACACGAUGCAAAGUCGAGAACGGACCUUUUACCAAUAUGCACUGCUUAAUCUCGCCAUCUUACAAGCAGAUUUUGGCUGUCAUGCUAAGGCGCUUCCUGCUAUGCAAGAAGCAAUAGCCACGGCUCGAGAGGCCAAGGACACCACGUGUCUGAAUUUUUGCAUGAGCUGGCUGUACCAUUUUGGACGGGCCUUUCCUGCACAUAUGAAGACGAUCCGCGAACGUGGUAUUCUUGGAAGUGAGACGGAGGGUCUCGCUUUUCUCAAAUCACGGGCAAGAGAUGCAGAGAUGUGGACUUUGCUAAGUACGUCUCUGCUCAGUGAAGCAAAGCUGGGACUUCAGCACGGUGAAAGUAUCGCUACAGUGUUUGAGAAUAUUGCCAAAGCUUCACAUCUUAAUAUCAUCAAGUCGGCAGCAGGUAUCACGGGACCAGCUCUCCUAAUGAAAGGCGCCACGUACAGCAGAGUUGGCCUCAGCCAUAUGGCAUGGAUGUGCGGCCAGACCUUCUUACAAUGCCACGUCAAAGAUGCUUCGCUAGAAGAUUUGCUCAAGUAUAGUUGUCGAACGGCCGGCCUUCUUGUCCAGAGAGGACGGUACACAGAAGCGGAUAAGUUAUUGAAUGAUCUCCCACAGAAUAUUCACCGGGUACUCAAAUUUCAUAACUACUUGACUUUCUACACCGGAGUGCUCAAAGUACGCCGCUUGCUGCAUCGAGGUGAUCACAACGCGGCUGAACUCCUCCUCCACCGCCUCAAAGGCCAGGGUCCUCCGGAUGUCGAAAUUGGGUUUUCUUUAUUGGUGCUGGAGAUCGAUCUGCUUCAUCGUCGUGGCAUUCUAGACAAAGCACUAGAAUCCGUCGAAGCACUGGGGGAGAAGGCUUCUGCCGAGAUAAAUGAUGUGGUGGUCCAGACCCGGCUGAUAAAUUUCAAGGUUCGCCUCCUGGCCGACAGUGAUAACACCCUGAAAGGAUUCUCGCUGGCCACGAAAGCUGCUCAGAUCGCAUAUCGUGCUAGAAUAUUGCCAUCGCUGUGGGAAUCAAUGGGGCUCCUUGCAAACAUUCUCAACGCUCUGCGAGAAUUCUCCGCCGCCGCCGAGUUGUUACACGCCAUCAUGCCGCAGGUGUUGGAGUGCCAAGAUUGUGAUCUUGCCGCUCACUCAUAUUCGAUUCUCGCAGAUGCCAACAUGGGCCUUGCGGGGUUGGAGCAAGACCACUCGACGAAACAAAAGGAAUUUAUCAGUAAAGCCAUGGAACAUAUUGAUCAGGCUCGUGCAGAGUUCGGGCGCGUUGAAGAUCUGAAGGGUCAGCUGGAAAUGUUGAAGAAGAAGGCGACGAUUAUGCAUUGGCGGGGUGACCUGGUGUUGGCGAAUGACACUGCAAGCCAGUUCAUUCAGCUGGAGAAACAGUACGCAGAUAUGCGUAUUUGA